AUGUCGCGUCCGCUUGUGAUGAGCGGCAGCAGCAGCAGCAGCAGCGCGAAUGCAACAUCAUCAUCAUCACUGUCAUCAUCACUGUCAUCAUCAUCAUCAUCAUCAUCCGGUGCGAGUGGGAAUGCGAGUGGCGGUGGCUCCAAUCCGGCCAUCUGGCGAACCCAACUCCGAUCCACAACAUCAUCACCCCCAUCAACCGCAGCGACCACCACGACCACGACCAGUGCUCAGUCGCAGCGACCAGUGCCGCCUGCUGGGAAGCCCACCUCAUUGUCAUCAUCCCCCUCAGCAGCAGCAGCAGCUUCGUCGUCCCGUGUCAGCGCUUCGCCGUUCGCCUGGUCGGCCUCGUCUCCGUCCCUGCUUCCCUCUGCAUCCUCAUCCUCGUCCUCAGCUCGGCCUCAGCAGCAGCAGACCUCCUCUGUCGCCUUCUCGGCAGCGCCUGCACGACCGUCCCCUCCUCCGUCGACCGCCGCGGUGCGCCCAAAGCCGUCUCCAUCCGUGCUCACCUCGUUCCCCAAGCCCUCUCCCGCUGCGUCGUCCUCCUCCUCCUCUUCGCCGGUCUCUGGCCUACCACCCACGAACUCGAGCUCAAGUUCAAACCCUAGUUCAAGCGCAACCCCAAGCGCAAACCCAAGCGCAAGACCUCCCAGACCGGCGUCGGUGGUUCGCAGCGCCUCGUCGCCAAAUGCGGCUGCGCGUCCGCCUGCACGGCCAAUCCCUGCGACCACUGCUGGCCAGUCGUCGUCGUCGUCGUCGUCGCCGCUGUCCUCGUCGCCUUCAUCUUCAUCACUAGUGCCUGAUCAAGCUCCGUCUGCGCUGUCAUCGGCGAUAUCGUCCAUGGGAUCGCGCAUGAAUGGCGGAUUUACGCGCGGCGGAUCGCUCAAGGUGAACGGCGAGGCCAGCACCAGACGCCCACCGCCCGCGCGCCGUGCGCCAAGCGAUCUGUCAUCGUCUCGCUCGAGCGAUGAAGCUGCGGCAGAGCCACUCACCACCCAGACGGUCGGGACAACGACGUUUGUGUCGCGCAGGUCGCGGCAAUCUGUCACCCCGUCGGGCGUUUCCGUCGCCGUCACUGGGUACGACAAGCGCAGUGACGCGUACACCAACUCCAAGUUCAUUGUCUUUGUCGUCGAGGUCACCGCGGUCAGCGGCAUCACCGAAACCAUCUACCGCCGCUUCCCUCAGUUCCGAGAGAUGCACCGCAAGCUCAGCAAGCUGUUUGCCGGGCGUGACGAGCUGGAUACGUCUGCCAUUCCCAUCCCUGCCCUCCCGAACGUCAAGGAGAACAUUUUCACGGAUUACAACGCCGCCUGUCAGGAGCUGGACGACAUGAUGCAGGCCAUCAUGGCGUUGCCCGACGUGGUCAUCCAAUGCGAGCUGCUUCGCACAUUCUUGACGGCCACUGCCAAGGACGUGGCGGCCAAGCAAGCUGCGGAUGGGUUGUCUUCCCAAGACGAAACCGACACAACCGCUGUGAUCUCUGCCGAGGUCAUUGAUUUCAGGAAGGUCUUUGAUCCGGACAAAUUUUAUGUGUACUUGAUCGAGGCGAAGCGCAGGGACGGCACGUUGGUUUACGUGCUGCGACGCUACAGCGAAUUUUUCGAUCUCAACGAGCGGAUUUGCGAGGCAUUCCCGGGCGAUAAAACCACCUUGACCAAUGCGUUGCCGGAGAAGAUUCUACUUGGGCGAAGCCAAAAGAACGACGUCGCUGCGAAGCGUGUCAAGAAACUCGACAAGUACAUCCAGGCUGUCAUGAGCAUCCCGCAGGUCCGGGACUCGGCCGUUGUUCGAACAUUCCUCACUCCGUCCUACAAGGACGCCCUGUACAUUCAGCAAAUCGAAAAAUUGAUGGCCACCGGCGGUACCGUGCCGAACGGAUUUAGUCUUUGA